ACAUCAGCUCUUCCAGCUCGGCAUCUAGCCCAGCCUCAUGUCACAGCGAGAGCUCAGACAGCGGUUUUCAGUCAUCCUCUUCGCCUGUGCCAUCCUCUCCGAACAGCUCCUCCUCGGAAAGCAGCUGAAUGGCCGCAACAGCAAGGGCUGCGACGGGGCAGCGAAGAGCGACAGCCUGGAGGAGACUAUUAAAACAAACCAGUCAGGUGUUGCUGGUUUGACAAAAAGCCAUAAUGGAGUCACAAAGUUUAAUGGCAUGGUUCUUCUUUGCAAAGUCUGUGGAGAUGUUGCUUCAGGAUUUCAUUAUGGUGUUCAUGCCUGUGAGGGCUGCAAGGGUUUUUUCAGAAGAAGCAUUCAGCAAAACAUCCAAUAUAAAAAGUGCUUGAAGAACAACAACUGCUCUAUAAUGAGAAUGAACAGGAACAGAUGCCAGCAGUGUCGUUUCAAAAAAUGCCUGUCGGUUGGGAUGUCACGAGAUGCUGUUCGGUUUGGCCGUAUCCCCAAGCGUGAAAAGCAGAGGAUGCUGAUCGAGAUGCAGAGUGCCAUGAAAACCAUGAUGAACGGUCAGUUCAGCGGCCACUUGCCCAGCGAGGCGUUGUCAGAACAUCAAGAUCAUGCUCCUCAGGAAGACCUUUCCUCCAAGCCAAAGCAAGAGCAGGAAACCAUCACAAGCCCUUCUCCCCAUCCUGGUGCUGACAUGGCUAAGGAAGAAGUGAUCGGUAUGGUCACUCGGGCCCACAAGGACACUUUCAUGUACAACCAGGAGCAGUCCCCGAGCACAGCAGAGCUGAUGCAGUCCCAGAGUGGGGAGAGAGUGCCCAAGAGCAGCGAGCAGUACAUCUUGAGCAGCGAGCACUGCGUCAGUGGCCUGGGAGGCCCUCAGUACCCCGAAAGCGAGCAGCACCUUGGGGGACAGUACAAAGGCAGAAGUGCAAUGCAUUACCCAAGUGGGCACACCGUGUGCUUCACAAAUGGCCACUGCAUGAACUUCACCAGUGCUUACACUCAGCAGCUGUGUGACAGGAUCCCAGAAGAUGGCUUUUCUCCAAGCAAGAACACUGCUUACUCUUGCAGCACCGGAGGAAGAAUGCAUCUGGUCUGCCCAAUGAGUAAGACUCCCCACGUGGACCCAAACAAGUCUGGCCAUGAAGUCUGGGAAGAGUUUUCCCUGAGUUUUACCCCUGCAGUGAAGGAAGUGGUGGAAUUUGCCAAGCGCAUCCCAGGUUUCCGAGAUCUCUCUCAACACGACCAGGUUAAUCUUCUGAAGGCUGGGACCUUUGAGGUGCUCAUGGUGCGGUUUGCGUCGCUGUUCGACGCCAAGGAGCGCACCGUCACCUUCCUGAGUGGGAAGAAGUACAGUGUGGAUGACCUGCAUUCCAUGGGAGCUGGGGAUCUGCUCAACUCCAUGUUCGAGUUCAGCGAGAAGCUGAAUGCCCUGCAGCUGAGUGAUGAGGAGAUGAGCCUCUUCACAGCUGUCGUCCUGGUGUCUGCUGAUCGCUCUGGAAUAGAAAAUGUCAACUCUGUGGAGGCCCUUCAGGAAACCCUAAUCCGUGCAUUAAGGACCUUAAUCAUGAAAAACCACCCCAACGAAGCCUCUAUUUUCACAAAGCUGCUUUUGAAGCUCCCCGACCUGCGUUCCUUAAACAACAUGCACUCUGAAGAACUCUUGGCCUUUAAAGUUCACCCCUAGACCUUUAGGCCUCCUUUGUACUUGGACUUGCCUAGUGUGGAACUGUUUUGUGCUAAAGUAUGUAUUUAUACAGUUGUACCACUUGUUGGAGAGAGAGGGUUCCCAGGCUGUGAACAAGCGAUAGCUGUCCCCUAGCCAUGCAAUAAUGCUUCAGCAGGGUGCUUGCAGCUGAAGGCAGCACAGCCUUCAGACUCCUCCAAGAUGCCCAGACCCAGCUGUGCACUCCUGCAGAAGAGACUGCAGCGAGCCCGAGUUAAAUAUGGACUGUUCUGCCAUUUAGGAUAAAGAACCACCGCUGCCCUCUCAUGAACUGAAUGCAAAGUAGCCGUGUAUGUGCAUGGAAUGGGGUGGGAGCAAUCCUGCACCAGUAGGAAAAUGGAAGAGUUGAUUUACUUGGUCUUUCUUUUAUCUAAUAGAUGUGUGUCUGUGUCUCUUGGUAACUCACUCAUGGUUUCACUGUUGUUACUACAUUUAGCCCGACGGAACGGUUUCAGCCUGCAGCAGCUCUUCACCGAGUUUGUGUUCAUGCCCACGUGUAUAUAAUAUAAAUAGUGAAGUAAUGAGUGUUUAUGGCUAUAUAAAGUACAGAGUUGUGUGUAUAUAUGUGUAUGUACAUAAAGAGUUCUAUACAGAAAGUAUACAUAGAAUUUCUUCACAAUAUUUUAAACUGUGAAGGAAUUUAAACUUCAAACAGAAGGCGGUCUAUGGAAAGAACCAAACAGAUGCACUUUGCAUACUGCUGAACUAAUUACCUGAGCAUUUCUAAUUUUUAGAAGACAUCAACUUCGCAUUAAUACUCUGUGUUUGUUAAUUUAAGGAAAAGAAAAAAAAAAAACACAACAGGGGCAGAGUCAGAUUCAACUCCUGGGAGGGAUGCUUAGAGAAUCUCAAGUGGAGACGGUUGCGAUGUUGCUGAGAGAGAUUGUCCAUUGCCACUGAGGUUCUAAGGUCCUGAUAAAAGAAGCACCAGGUGCUCUUAAAAAAAGUUUCUUUCUGACUGUGCUGAGAGUUAUCAGAUGAAUAACAGCAUCUAUCAGAAAACAACAAAAAAAAACAAUAUGGGAAGGAAAAUGUACCCAUGGUCAUGUGUGGGGGUGUGUGUGUGUUCCGUGACUCUCUGUUUGUUUCUUGUAAUGCACCAUUUUGCUGCUUCGUUGCUAAGUGAGAGCUGAGAACAGCAGUGUGAGGUUCCCCAUGUCUCUUCACAGUUUGGGCUUCGUGGUUGCCAUGCCUGUGCUUCUGGAGCUCUCCCUCGGUGCAUAUGCAUGUGCCUGUGUGUGUGUGUGUGUGCAGAGAAGGUGCACUGGAUGGUCUGGACUUUGUUUUUUUUUUCCUUCUUAGAAAGAACACUACAAAAACCAAACAACCAAACAGGAUUACUUCUUUUUUUGUUGUUGUUUAUGCCAGUAGCAAAUUACACAGCAGAUCCUGAAGAUCCUGCUGCUUAUCCCUUUCUGAAAGUGGCUCUCUAUGGGUUUUCUCCAUUUGUAUCAGGAGCUGGCACUGGAAAGGAGAGAGAAAAGGAAGAAAAAAAAGCAGUUGUCUUCAUGACUUGUGUUUAUCUUUGGCUGAUGUGGGAAGAAGAUUUUCCAUUACCCUUGUGUUUAGGUAACUUACCUUAGAGGUAGCCCUCUGGGGCUCUAGUGUUUGGUAACACUACUUUGUGGAGGGGAAGACCUCUCCCUUUGUUACUGCGUUGAGCUGUAUGCUAGGUAAGUGAGGCCAGGAGCCAGAAAGCUGCCAGACUGCAGAGUUCCUCUUCACUAUGCUGCAGUGGCUCUCACACAGCAGCUAGUCCACUCUGUAGAAGCCCUGGAAAAGAAGCAGACUUCUGCCUGCCCAUAAGCAUCAGGUUUGCUACCCUGCCAUAGCUUUGAUCACACUUGGGCUGGGGCUUUCCCCUCGCAAAGUGGUGGCCAGGGGCCCAGGAGCAGAGGAGCAGGAGGGAUAGGUGCUUGAGUGAGAGAUGGGGAAGAUUCUGCUUUAGCCUUUGCUAAGGAACAGAAGAUCUCACACUUUCCCCUCCUCCACAGCUGCUGCAGGCAGAGCUGUCCUGCUUUGAACCACUUGAUAUUGGCCCCUUAAUGCACACAGUUUUGCUAUCCAAACGUGCUAUCAGGGCAUAUUGUCCUAAUUUACCGUUAACAGUCUGCAUCCUACCAGUAUUAUUUGUUUGAGAGCUUCACUGAGUCAUGUGUUGAACCAUUCAGCCUUUAGAAAAGACACAGUCACAUGUGUUGCUAUUUAGGAGCUGACAUUGACUUUGUAGACCCCAUUUCAAGCAGUGGAAAGAAGUACAGUUAACUCUUGGUUGUUUGGGGAGGGAAGGAGGCUUCUUACAGAGACUGCCACCCUGCAGCUGUGUUCUGUUCUGUUGGGGUUUUUCCUUUUCUUUUUCUUUCUAUUCUUCUUUCUUUUUCUUUUUUUCUUAAAGCUGUAUUGUUAAGCCUUUAGGAAUGUAUAACCAGGACUGAGUAAUUACUGCUUAUUAAAUUUUUAGUCAGAUCAACCAUGUAUGCCUUUAGAUAGAUAUUCUAACUUGAGGAAUUUCAUUCUGAAAUAAUAUUCCUGUACAUAAGGGGAAAAAAACAAACAAACAAACACAACUCUAUAACAACAUGAAAAAUAAAAAAAGAAGAAAAGCCCCAAACAGAUUGACUGAACAACAACAGCAAAUUGAUUAAAGUGCUGUUCGGAAGUACCUUAGCUGGAAGAAAAUGGAAGCUCCUCGUGUUAGCUGUGUAUUGUGAGCUCUUCUUUCCCUGUGUCACUGGUUAUACACUUGUUAAACGCUGAGAUGAUAGACUUCAUGCAUUUGAGGCAUUUGAGUACUGUAGAUUGGGUUAUUGCUGAAAGAUUAAUGUACUGUAUGACUUAAAUGGAGUUUCUAUUCUUGAUUUUA